AUGGGGCUAGCACAUUGCUGCUUGGGCCAGAACAUGCUCUUAAAUCAGUGCCUGGUUUAUGAGCAUGGUCGCUGGUACAUGCGGAAUGGUUUAGUUUACAGUCCUCAGCUGUUGAUCGCUCCCCUCCAGUUUGGACAUCUAAGUGUGGCUCACAUCUUGCUGGAGAAUGGUGCUGAUCUCAAUGCACAGAAUAAGUUGGGAGCCAGUGUCCUCACAAUGGCCUCCAGAGGUGGCCACGUCAGCAUGGUGAAAUUGUUGCUGGAAUCUGGAGCUUUUGUAGAUAAUUAUGACCAUUUUAGCGCAAGUGUACUUAGCAGCAGCAGAGAUGACCUUCCUGACAUCACUCCACUAAUGGCAGCUGCUCAACAUGGACAUGAGGCAGUAGUACAUCUGUUGUUAGACUGGGGAGCUGAUUGUAAUUACACUGUGAAGACUAUGGGCUGGAGCCCUUUAAUGCUGGCAGCUGUUAGUGGAAAGGUGAGCUUGGCACAGCAGCUCAUGGAGAAGGGUGCCAAUCCCGAUCACCUGAAUGUUCUACAUAAGACACCUUUUGAAAUCUCUGUUGGCUUCAAACACAAAGACAUGAAAGACUACCUGGAAUCUCUUACAACGAUCAGACCUCAGGCAGAUACAGAAAAGAGGCAACCUGAUGUCUUUCAUGCUUUGAAAUUGGGAAACUUUCAGCUGGUUAAAGAGAUUGUUGAUGAAGACUCAAGUCAGGUCAAUAUUACCAAUGUUGAUGGCGCAUCUCCAUUAAUGAUUGCGGCUGUAACUGGACAGCUGCCCCUUGUUCAGCUCCUUGUAGAGAAAAAUGCUGAUAUUGACAAACAGGAUAAUGUUCAUGGCUGGACAGCACUAAUGCAGGCCACAUACCACGGGAACAAAGAUGUUGUGAAGCAUUUGUUAAAUCAAGGAGCUGACGUCAAUCUUCGCGCAAAAAAUGGAUACACUGCUUUUGACCUGAUAAUGCUGCUGAAUGAUCCAGACACAGAGCUUGUACGGUUACUGGCAUCAGCAUGCAUGCAAGUAGACAAAGACAAGAAUAAACCGAACAACAGAUCAUCUUUGCCUUGUUCCAGAAGUAGGCAAUCCUUAAAUGUCCCAAUGUUACCAGAUGACAAAGGAGGUCUAAAGUCCUGGUGGAGCAGGAUGUCCAAUCGAUUCCGCAAGCUGAAGUUGACUCAGACAUUGCGCCAUGGAUUUCCUUUCAAUCAGUUUGUGCCUUUUCCUGAUGAGCCUGAACCAUCAUUAAAUUCCACCAUAAAAGCAGUAUCCCAGAAUGAUACAGACACCUUUGGAAACCCUGAUGCUGCUACAGCUUGGAUCACAAAUAACAAAGCUAGUGGUGGAAACACUGCAAAAGGAGAAAAGGAUGAUGAAUUACUGACCACCAUGUUGAGAAGUAGUGCUCCAUUUACCAGGCUGCCCAGCGAUAAACUGAAAGCAGUGAUACCGCCGUUCUUGCCGCCCUCAAGUUUUGAGCUUUGGAAUUCUGACCGAACGCGAAUCAACAAAGAUGGCAAAGCUGAACAGAUGAGAACUGCCUGGCCACAGAGAGCAAUCAAACACGAUUUUAACAGCAGUGGGAACUCUGAUAUA